AUGAAGCGCGAUAUCAAUUCGAACGUAUCGUCGGUGUUUUUCGCUUUGAUGACCUUGUUCUUCUUGGCGGCGACGCUCUGUGUUUCGUCGGUGUUUUUACUGUCGUCGUGGGGACCGAUUGGAAGCGACGCGAUUGAGACCACGGGAGGAGUGAAAGAGAGUUUCGCGUCCGUCGACGGUGUGGAUGAUGAUGAAAUUGGAGCAGUUGGUGCUUCUUCUUUGUCUUCUUCGUCUCCUGAGAAUAAUAAUAACAACGAACUUCCGUUCGUGUUACCGGACGGGGCGAAAACCACCCAAGACGUGUGGAAACCUCGGAAUUUCAAACCGAUAUCGAGGAAGAAGUUUAAAGAGUUCAAUUUGAACUUACACCCGUCGGUGUUACGUUUCGAGAAGGCGCAGGUUGGAUGGCCGACGACGAAAAAUUUAACCGUGAGUAACUUGGACGCGGAAAAGCCGUUGAGGGUGUAUUUGAUCACCAGCGAUAGCGUGCAAGUGUACACGGAAGGGAUUUCGUACGGGAGAACGAAGCACGAGGAGAGGGUGAUGCAGCAGAACUUGCUCGUGGCGAGAGAGAUGUUGGAGAACAGGAGAGGGGACAUGGAGAAACACGACGAGAAGAUUAGGUACGUGACGCAACGCAUCGACGAGUUGAACGAUAGGUUGAUAGCCGCGAAAGAGAAGUUGGAUAGAAAAGAGAGCGAGGACAUGCUGGACGAAAAUCGAAAAGAACACGAGAGUCUGAAACUGAGCGUGGCUAAAAUGCAAAAGAUGAUUCGAGAUACCGAAGCUGACGUCCAAAAGAGCGUGGAUCGGUUGGAGGAAAUCAUGCAGGUUGACGGCGAGACGAUGGAGGAAUCGCGCUCGCCUUUACAAGGAAAGGAUCCUAUUUUCGUGAUCCCACCGUCAGGAAGCAUCGAAGUGACUAUCAGACACGCGCCCUUGCAAACUGGGAGAGGGAGAGGAACGUUAAGCGUACAAACGGACAGAGGGGACAUCUUGAUGCCGUUUACGUUUUUGACGAAACCAAACGAUUUUCGCGUGCAAAAACUGAGCACGAAGCAAGUGUACGGCGUGCCACACGAUUACGAUUUAGGGUUGUUCAACCCGUUGUUAAGAGUGCUGAACGUUACGGACGUGUGGACGCGGUCUGAAUUCAUCAAGAUUGACGUACCGUGGGUGAGUAGUAAAAGAGAAGAGGAGGAAGACUCUUCUUCGUCGUCAAAAUCAUCAUCGCCAUCAUCAUCAUCAUCAUCAUCAUCAUCAUCAUCAAAUUCACAACCAUCACUUUCACUUUCAUCAUCAUCAUUAUCACCAUCAUCUGACGGCAACAACAAAGAAGAUUCUGCCUCUUUUGGCUGGUCCAUACAGCCGGGUACAUUUUCUCGCCUCGCGAGAGUGACGCUCACCGCGCCGGUUAAUCGAAACGGAGAAGUAAACGCACCUUCCAGCGGGUCCGUGCACAGCGUUCGCAGCACGAACACACAUCAAGGCAUCGUGUAUGUCAAAACUACGGCAUCUUCACAAGCUUUUGAGUUUCCAGUUAGCUUAGAAGGGGUUGAUAACACCGUAUUCACGCAUCCAAACGAAAUCGAUUUCGGCACGAUUAUCGUGAGCGAGGAUAAUCGAAAACAUGGUUCGAAAAAGCUGAAAGAGCGGCGAUCUAUUUACGUCACGAACGGCGACUUAUGGCCGAUUCGUAUAACGAGCGUCUCUUCACCGACGUCUGAUAUACGUCCGCAGCUCGUCUCCGGUCGAGGAGUCACGGUGAAACCGGGCGAAACAGUCGAGGCGGCGAGAGUUUGGUACGACGUGAAAAGUCGCCGCACCGCCUCGGAGACUUUUGUGGCCGAACGUGUGACGUUGUCCGUUGAAAAUAGUAUUGGGAGGAGUUACAACCUCGAAAUUCUUGUUCGAGCUUUAGUUUACGAGUCUGUUCCGUUCCGCCCGAUCGAUAAGUACGCGCUGACGUUUCCAAGUAUUGAAAUCCCGAACACGAUCGAAGAAAGAGAACUCCUUUCGAAGGAGAGCAAUCCUACCACCGAAAACGGAAAAGAAAGCAAGAAAAAGAAGAAGAAGAAGAAUAAGGAGGAGGAAAAAGAAAUGCCAUUCAGUGGAUUGAAUCACCGUUUGAAGGAAAGAAACGUCACGUUUGAACACAUCGGAAAGCAACCGCUGCGACUUUUGAAUGUUGAACUUGCUGAUAUCAACGCUUCGAGAACAGCGGUUGUUAGAUAUCCGAAAGGCCGAAAAAUAAGUUCAGGCGAGGUAAUAACGUUCACGUUCAUGGACAGAAUGCCGGUUCCAUCGUGGAAACUGAAUAAAAAGGACGAUGAAAUUACAAUAAUAACAAAUUUACUGAAGUUUCCAAUGCGCAUUGAACGCUACGAUGCGCGUUUACGCUGCAUCAACGCGGAUUCUAAAACGUCGUACAAUCCGACAGCGCCGCUAGAAGACAUGCGCGAAGAGUACGAGAAGUCCGUCGAAGAUACGGACGAUGCCAGCAAAAUUACAGUUGUUGCUGUAGAAUCAACGUGUCAGCCAAUAUCUUUUGGUAUAGUUGGACCCGGUUUCAAUCGCACGCGCGUGAUUACGCUCACAAAUCCGCAUUCGAAACCUUUAAAGAUUGUUUCGACGUGGACGGAUAUGCCCGGCGCGAAAGUUGCUCGAUUAACAACGUUCGACCCAGAAUCUGCGCGCAUAUCUGGAUGGAACGGCCAAGUCUUGUACGUGUUUGAUAGGUCGCACGCGAUAGAAGAGUACUAUAAGGAAGACGAAGACUCCACGCACGAUGCGCCGUGUCGCCCGAACAAGAAACGAUUCUCGGACAUGCCGGGCGGAUGCCGCCAGGAUUACGCGAGCAAGACACAGGUCGAUGCUAAUACGGAGAAGAAGGCAGAUAAAAACAAAUCAAAAGAUGACAAAAGUGGAAAGACUGUGGGAGAUAGAAAUAGCUUCGCAGACGACGAUUCCAUCCUCGACGAAUGGUCCCCUCUCGCGAAUGAAGCGUGGAAGAGUGAGACAAGCGUCGAGCACGAGCGAUAUGGGCGCCAAAAAUACGCGAACGAUGAAUCUGAAAAAUGGGCCGAAAUCAUUGCGGGUGAUUUCGUGGUGCCAGCGCGUGGUCGCGCGAUAUUCCAUUUAGCAGCUAAUAUCGGCGAAGAUAACGAGUUCAUCGAGAGAAUGUCUGAUUCGAUGCGAGCAAACUACACUUUUGCCGUUCUCACGGAUGAUCGUUGGAUGCAAGUACCAAUCACGGCCUCUUUUAGUACCGGUACACUGCUUCCUGUAAACGACGUGGUGCGCGCUUCUGUAUCGAUGGGUAAGCGCCACGCGAGCGUCCCAAUCGAAGUUAUAUCUACGCACAACAUUCCGGUCAUGACCAGGGUGAGUGUGUUGCAGCAUUCUAUGGAUGGCAAGCGUGGAAGCCAGAAAGGCGUCAUCGUUCGCCACAACGAGAAUGACGGUUUAAUCCAGCCGAACGUCGAAGAGCCGCAAAUCAGCGCCUGGGUUAAACUCGACUUGUCGGAAAUGCAUCAAGAAAUCUUCGGUGAUGACGAUCUGAUGUUCGAUACCGCGAUCAGCGAGGAUUUUGAAGACGGUGAGGGAGGAGAAGAUUACUUGGACGGUGAAAAUGUUGAUUCGAUAGGAGCAUCCGCUGCGGAAUUGUUGCAGAAGAAGAAAGUUUUCGUAUCUUCUCCACCCAGUAAAGCGGAAGCAAAAAAACUUAGAUCUAGACUCGAUAAAAUUGCUUCGCUCGAGAAGAAAAAUGCAUUUCACAUGAAGGCAACCGUAGUUGUAUCGAACGAAGCUACCAGUCUCGGCGACGUCGACACCGUGGCAGUUUUAGUCAACUUACAAAGUCCGAGUAUCAUAGAUUCGCUCGCUUCGAGGAGCGAUGAUACUGAUGAUGUGCAAUACUAUUCCCCAUCAUCGUUCACAGACUAUGCGGAUGAUAAAGAGGAGGAAGAAGAGCGAGGAGGACUUGUUGCGAAUUCAACGUCAUCCACCUUCAUCGAUUUCGUUGCGGCCGGUCAGCGCUCGUCGAAAUCAAAGAUGCUUCGAGUUCGAAAUCCCACGUCUAAAAAAUUAUGCUUCGAUGCGGUACCGUACAUGUUUCCUGGCGCUUCGCACGCCGACACACCUGAUUUAGCCGUCGGAAAGUUGCUCAAGCGCGGCGGUGGGAUGUUUUCAAACUUACUCGCGAGCGUGACGUUUGGGGCGAUUUCUAAAUCUGCUCCGAAAUUUGGUAGCGCUCGCGAGGGCGAGAAUGCCUUCAUCUUUGAAAGUACGAACAUCAACGGCAACGAGGGCGACAGUCUUAUUUGCAUUGAACCAAGUCAGACAAAAUCGUUGGGAGGCAUAUACUUUGCGCCACCGAAAGCAGCAGGGAAAGGACAUAUUUUAAAAUCUUCCGUCUGCGUGAGAAACUCUUUCACUUUGUUAGAGUGCGUAGACGUGGAAGGCGAAGUUUCUGAGGCGUAUUCAUUUGCAGCCGAAAAGGCAGAAAAAGAAGCCGCGAAGGCAUCGCAAGCUCAGAAAAGACGCGAAAACAGUUUCAAGACGAAAACUUACGCGUUUGUCGCGAGGAUCUCGGCGAAUAUAUCGUUGAACGUUUCUGGAACGCUCGAGACGAUUACGUCGCCAAACUUUUUAGCGGUAUUUUUUGCGGUAUGUUUUGUCGUGACGGCGUGCCUUUUCGCGAUAUCGGUAAUUAACCAGAAGAAGAGCGUUGGCGUUUUAAAGCCAGUAAUCGUCGCUGAAACUAAAACAGAAUCCUCGUCAGAGGUUCAUGCUACUACGAACAUGACGGCAGAUUCUCAUGAGUUGCAAAAGAGUAAAGAUGCCAACACCACGAAACUUCCAAGUCCGAGACUUUCGAAUUUGAAGACAUCAAUCAAAGAGGUUCCGAAACCGUCUCCAACAGUUGCAUCUGUUGAUCCUGUAGGAGGCAAACCGUUACCACCAAAAAAGGAGGUAUCGAAACCUACUCUGCCGAUAACCCCUAAAGCGCGCACCAAAGGGUCCUCUCCGCGGGCGAGUAAAAAUGAUGAUGUUACGAUUGAACGCGAAUUAUCCGGUUCCUCGUCGGCUUCGGCCACAGACGUCGCCUAUGCAUCGAAAAAGGAUACAUCUACUCAUGCGGCAACGGUGGCGGCGGCGGCGACAAACACGGAAGCUGCCGGUAAAAAGCAAACAAACGUGAGAAAGCCGAGCUUGGACGCUAGCUUGGAGGAGGCAAAGCGCAACGCCGCCGCCGCUCUCUCGAGACCGGUAAGAAUUGGAAAUGCGAAUAAAUUGGUUGAUUUGAAUAAUUACGUCGCCCCUAGAGCGAUAUCUACGACAAGAGAAACUUCCAAAAGAGACGAUAGGAAUGCGUCCGCUGAUCCACCACGCAAAUCCCUACUUCCGCCGUGGGGGAGGAAGCACGUUCCCGAAAGUAGCAGCAGUCUUGCAAAUGACACAGCUUUCAACCAACAACAACGACAACAACAACAAGUGCCACCUGCCGCGUCUACGCAUCGCGCGGAGCAAAUGCAACAACAGCAACAUCAUCAACAACGUAAUCCGUUAUCUUCUGCUUCGGGAUCUCCGAGGGGCUUCGCGCCUCCUGGUUUCGAGAACGCGCAAGGUAUGUUCCAACACGUUCCCUCGUUCGGUGGAUCGCCCAUGCAGCAGCAGCAGCAGCAACAACAACAGCAACAAGCGAUGCAGCAGCAGCAGCAGCAGCGGCAGCAGAUAUCCCAAGCGCCUUUGCUCACGCCCUCGCAUUUAUCCAUGGCCACUCAGGAAGAUCGAUCGGCGUUUGAUUUGUGGGGCGGCUUAGGCUUCGGGGCGAUGACGAGCAUCUUCUCGGAUCAGUCCGAUGCCACCACCGGGUCAAACAGAAACCAACAACUCGAGCGAACGCAAAGUGAAGGCGUCAAGGAUGAAGACGAAGGUUUGAACUUCCACUUACCGGACAUGGACUUUGACGAAUUGGAGUAA